CGCACACACACUCACGCACUCACGCACACACACACACACGCGCGCACACACACUCUUGCGAUGGCUCUGGAAAACUCCGUACUCAGUUCUCGUGCAGAAUCUCUCUCUCUGCCAGUCUCAGAGAAAGGGGAGGGGACUGCAGGUGAAGCGGAACCAGCCACACCCACUGGUGUGUUUGAUGUGUCGGAGGAGUUGGGGCGUGUGGUAACCACGGAUACAGCCCCGCCUCCCCAACCCACUCACAGGUCGUUCCAGUCCAAGCUGGCUGCGCGGGAGGCCCAGGCUGCCGCCCCACAGCCCCGCAAGAAGGCGCAGGGAGCCGGCUCCGAGAAGGGCAAGUUUGGCUGGGGACGCAGCAGGCGCAAACGGCAGCGCUAUGUGGAGAAGAAUGGCCGCUGUAACGUUCAGCACGGGAACAUGCGCGAAACGUACCGCUACUUAACCGACAUCUUCACCACUCUGGUGGACCUCAACUGGCGCUGUUCGCUCUUCGUCUUUGUCAUGGCCUACGCAGUCACCUGGCUCUUCUUCGGGGCCAUCUGGUACCUAAUAGCAUACUGCAGAGGAGAUCUGGACCACCUGGAGGAUGAGACAUGGACUCCCUGUGUCAACAAUGUGAAUGGCUUCAUCUCUGCAUUUCUCUUCUCCAUCGAGACGGAGACCACGAUCGGUUACGGCCACCGCGUCAUCACGGACCAGUGUCCGGUGGGCACCAUGCUGCUGCUGCUGCAGGCAAUACUGGGCUCCAUGGUCAACGCAUUCAUGGUGGGCUGCAUGUUUGUAAAGAUCUCGCAGCCGAACAAGCGGGCGGAGACGCUGGUGUUCUCUCGCAAUGCGGUGAUCUCGUUGCGUGAUGAGCGUUUGUGCCUGAUGUUUCGUGUUGGGGAUCUACGCAGCUCACACAUCGUGGGAGCCAACAUGCGGGCCAAACUCAUUAAGUCCAAGCAGACUCAGGAGGGUGAGUUCAUUCCUCUGGAUCAGACAGACAUCAGCGUGGGCUUUGAGACAGGAGAUGACCGGCUGUUUUUGGUGUCUCCACUGGUGAUCUCCCAUGAAAUCGACUCACGCUCACCAUUCUGGGACAUGUCCCAGGCCCAGCUGGAGAAGGAUGACUUUGAGAUUGUGGUGAUACUGGAAGGGAUGGUGGAGGCCACAGGUAUGACAUGCCAAGCUCGCAGUUCCUACCUGGCGGAGGAGGUACUGUGGGGUCAUAGGUUCAGCCCAAUGAUGUCACUGGCCGAGGGAUUCUUUGACGUUGACUAUGGUGCUUUCCACCACACGUUUGAGGUGGACACACCUUCCAGCUCUGCUCGAGAGCUUUCAUUGGCUGCUGCCAGGUUGGAAGCUCAUCUCUACUGGUCAAUCUCCAGCCGGCUAGAUGAGGAAAAAUGGGAUGGCCCCAACCUGACUGAGCAUCUGGAAAAACAGCCAGGCAGUGGCUCAGCAAAUGGAAAAAGCGGGGUUGGGACAACAUUCACUGUUGGCGAGACAAGUGAAAGCCAAGACCAAUCAGGGCAGGGGGAACAGAAUGGCAGUGUUGCCACAGACCAAUCAGAAUCAGAGGCUUAAAAGAGUAUAGAAGAAUAAGGAAUUGAAUGAAGGGAAACCAUUAGAUAAAUAAAGAAAGCUAAACAUUGUAAGCUAAAUAUAACUAAGUAAAAUACCAGAUCUUUAGUAAAAUAAAUACUUUUAGUAUCCCAUGGGGGGAAUUUGUUUGCUAAACUAAUCACAUUAUUUCUUAAUUCAUUACCGAAUUCUGUCAUUAGUCUCUGCUUUGUUCUGUGACACACUAUUAGGGAAUAGUAAAUACAUGUUUCAGCAUGUAUGUUGAACAGUAUUCUCUUUAUCCUAACUGUCCUCACCGUGGCAGUGCCUGAGAAAGCAGGGUGUAAACAGUGAAUGUAGCUCUACAUUGACUGAAUAAAUGAACAAUACUGCUGUUGGGUAUUCUACUUCAAAUGUCCAUGUCAGCUGUGGGUCUAAUGUCAGAGUUUCAUAAUCUGUGUCGGUAUCUCCUGUUAUGAUUAAAGUAACUCCUUAGAAGGAUGAGUAAAUUCAUUACUGAGAAUACUGUACUGCAUACAGUCAUGAAGGGAAACUGGAAUUGGAGGAAAAGGGCUGCAAGAUUUGAGAUUUGAAUUUGUCAGCUAUUUGAUACAUAACCAAACAAAUGAAAUCACUGGACUAAUUUAUAGAGAGGUGAAAAGAUAGCUGUUGAGAGAAACGUGUAAACAGACAAACACUCACAGCUAGAUGGCAAGUGGGAUUUGUGUAGAUGUUUUUCUUGGUAGAGAAAGUGUAUUUGAGAAAGAGAAAAAUUGUUAAAUGGUUAAGGAUAUUGAUUAAACAAAUAGAAUACACUUAUGAGUAACAUCCACAAUUAGACUUUAAGAGAACAUGUUGAUGUUUAGUUGCUGCAUAUAUUCUGAAAAAGAAAAGUGAUGGAUAACCAUGAGUCAUGUGUAUUUUAGAGGAA